GAGCACUGUCCGAACCAGAGGGGUGAGAUGGAAAAAACUUUGAGCUACACAUGAGGAAGUUUUCCCUUUUGAAAUUUAUCAAAGUGUGUCUGUAAAUAUUCUAUCAUUGAGUCAUAUAAAAAAAAAUUAUGUAAUGUGCUGGUGUUGUUAUGUUAAGGUCUUUUUUCCAGCGUAUUUAUACUUAAGUUAUUUUUAUACUGUACUGUAGCAAAGGCUAUGCAGACUGUGGACUACAGAAUAAAACCAAGAACCACAAGGGCAUACUGCAUACUGGUGAGUGGCUCACCACUUCAAUGAAACACACUGAGAACAAGAGUGAGUAAACUACAUUCUGGGCAAUAUAUAAUUAAGUUGUCCAAGUCCUACAUCACAAUGAGUCAGCAAAUAUUCUACACUGAAUUCCACUGAUACCGUCAUUCCUAUGGACUACGUAGGGAACCACCUUCGAAGAUUUGGUUGGCCUUUUACAUAAGAUUUAUUUAUAUCCUGUUUUAACUACCACGCAUAAGAUUAAUUUGUGAUUCGUCAAACAUAUACAGGAUCCAGAACGAGGGUUAGGGUUAGUGGUAUGUGGUUCCCCGUAUUAAAAAACGACCUACAUAUAAUGUUGGUAAACUAAAGCCAUUCUUUCAGACCAUUUGUACUGAAGUUGACUACUACUGUGGCUAAAUAUGUGCAGUGCAGUGUAGAUUUAAGCUAAUAACAACAACGGCAUAUUGCAUUAAUCAAUCACUACCCGAAAUAUCAGGAGGCGAAACUAAUUUUUAACUGAAUUCAUAUCACAGUCUCUCUUGUUUCUCAUGAGAGGAAGUUUCCUUACCUAGAUAGAAGUUCAGGUGCCGACAUCAUGUGGAUUUUCGGUCGGCGAAUCUAUUUCAACGAACUACUUCCUUAAAUGACUUUUCAAGAGCCAAUCAGCGUCGGAUUUUAGACCGCACUGCCUUCUGGGCAUUUGAUUUCUAAAUAGCUCGCCCUCAAAGGCGGUUAAAAAAGACUUUUCCAGACACAAACAGAGAAGUGCAAGUUACAAAAACAUAUUUAAUUAUAUUUAGAUGAAUGUCGCUCAAAACGGGCUAAGCUUAAUUCACCGAAGAUUCAGAUAAACCAUUUUAUGAUUAGCGGUUGCUAUGCAUCCUCCUGACCGGCAGAUGGAAACAAUGCACCACGUCACCAACAGUAUGAGCGUGUAGCCUCGAUCGCGCGUGCAUUGGGGGAAUGCACACGCAGUUUAUAUUCUGCAUUACAUUGUAACUACAUCUUAACAGUGAACAUUAAGGGUCUUCUCCCUGUGCGUUUUGAACGCGUACAUUUCUCGCGCGUCACAGAAACUCUCAACAAUGUCGACAGUCUUCUCUUUCCAGACACAGCUCGUCUCCAUCAUGGACGCGUUAUCCAAAACAGCUGUAAUGGAAAUAGGCAAACUGGUGGAGAUUGAGUCGAAGAUGCUGAAAAUAGAGAUAAACCGAGGGCGGAACGAAAUCGUCUCGCUCACAGAGAAACUGCAGCUAAUGGAGAAACUGCUUUACAUGGCACAGGGGAGCAGACAGGACGCAGCAGCAUGCUCACUGGUUAGGGACGCUUCAGCAAACAGAGUAUUGGAGUCUGACAGGACAAGACCUGCCAUAAAAAGUGAGAUCCUAAGGGAAAACAUAAGUUCCUCCACUGAAAGUAGCACGUUGCAUCAUGGAGAAGAGCAAGCUCUACCUGAGGUUAGAAACACACCGAAAGAGCAGCCCGAUCUUAUUGUGGUAAAGGAAGAGUUGCUGGAGGUGGACACUGGAGACACUGAACAAGACAGGAGAAGUGAAAACGGAAGGGAAGCAGUCGCAGAAGCUCAGCGGAGUUCAGAUGUAAUGCAGCAUCCCAAACCAAUCGCAGAACAUCAGUCGCCCAUGUUCACGGAUAGCUUUGCGAGCAUAAGCUCCCACUCAUCUCUUGCUGGACCAGGAAGGAGGGAAACACAAUGGAAUCCACAGUUUGCACUUGCAAGCACGAAUCUGGAGGUUGGGAAAAGCAUUGCUCAAAAUGUCGCAUCCCAAAGCUUAAGUGUGCUCAGAAAUAUGAAGAUCCACAACUUAAGGAACUCAGCUGCAAAGAGGUUUGGCUGCUUGCAGUGUGGCAAGAGCUUCAGGUGCUACAGUCAACUUGAAAUACACCAGAGAAGUCACACAGGAGAGAAACCCUUCAGGUGCACGCUAUGUGGAAAGAGAUAUGCACAGAAAGGACAUCUGUAUACACACCAGCGCACACACACCGGGGAGAAGCCUUACCGCUGUCCUAUUUGUGGAAAGGGCUUCAUUCAGAAAUGCACUCUUGAUAUGCACCAGCGAACACACACUGGAGAAAAACCUUUUGUUUGCAUCAAAUGUGGCAAGGGUUUUACAAAGAACUGUAAUCUGAAAAAACACCUUGCAGUACAUUUAGAUCCUAGUUUGAACAUGUAUGGUCAUGAAUCUGAUGCACCAACAUUCAGUGCAUCAUUAAUGUUGAAGACCAGUUUAGAAAUUUCCCACAAUCCUUUGCGAUACAGUUAUACAUAUUUUACCGAGGAACAGCGUUGCAACGCUGCUAAAUUUGGCCAUAAUUCCACAAUAUUUAGCCUCCCAGCCGAGAUGAUGUGCGAUACCACAAACCGGAGUUUUCGGACGCAGUUGACCGACGUCCUGGACAAACUAACGAAGGCGGCUUUGGUUGAAAUAGGCAACCUCGCUGACGAGUGCUCCUCCGUCCUUCACACCGAGAUUUCGCUUCAUAAAACGGAGAAUGAGGUGCUGAAGAAGAGAUGUUACUCACUGGAGGUCCAGCUGAGAGCAGCGAGGGAAGCACAGACCUAUACCAGCCACGUUAACAGCGUCAGCCGGCGGCACCCUGCAGGUCAGGACGAACAGCAGCAACCCGCUCCAGCAAUCGAUGGAGUUUUUGGAAAGGACUGGUGUAUGGACUUUUGGAGAGAAGAGAAACUGCCCUCUCACAGAAAAGAAACAAUGGAGCCAACUGCUAUGACAAGCAUGGGAGUGCAGGCAAUAGACUUGACGGAGAGAGAACCUGAUCUCAUCUUUGUCAAGGAGGAGAUGUUUGAUGAUCACCCUAUUGGCCAGCAGAUGAGUUUCACAGAGAACAGGAAAAUUGUUGGAAUGUUUGAGGAGGACAGCAUGCUUCCUAGAUCUGUUGAUGAGCUACAGCUUCACUCAGGGGAAUUAAACAACUUUCCUGUGGUGACUGACAAUCAAACACAACAACGCAUACAACCAACAAUUAUGGACAAGUUAAUAGAAGAUGCAACAAUGAGCACUCUGGCUGACAACACAAAUCCUUCUUCAGCCAUGGCUGAAUACUCUGACUAUACAGAUGACAUCCACAUGAAUACAACUAAAGCACCCGCUAUUCAGCCAAAACCUGCGAAGCCAAUGAGACAUUUUGAGUGCUUAUUCUGUGGGAAAAUGUUCAACUACUUGAGCAGUUUAAAAGUCCACAUCAGGCGACACUCUGGUGAGAAGCCGUUCAGCUGCUCAGUUUGCGGGAAGCGGUUCGCUCAGAAAACGUAUCUGAAACUGCACCAGCGCGUGCACUCGGGGGAGAAGCCAUAUAGCUGUCCAAGCUGUGGCAAAAGUUUUUCCCAGAAAAGCUCUCUGAACAUACAUCUUCGGACACACACUGGUGAAAAGCCCUAUAGUUGUGUGGAUUGUGGAAAGUGUUAUGCAUACAAGUAUGGUUUAAAUCAUCACCAGUGUUUCACUUGACCAAUCAACCAACCACAGAAGUUGAUGUAGUGUUCAGAGUAGGUCUACUUGAGCCAGUGUGUAGUGUGUAUAUAGGAAGAUUUGAAAUACCCCUUUUAGAUAAAACAAGCUAAUUUUAAUAGCUGCUUAGAGUGCAGCUAUGAAAUCUUAGUUUGGUGUGUUUUCAGUUUUAUUGAUAUAAAAAGUGCUGAUUGGGUGGGAUUUUGUUUACUUGACUGGGAGGAUUGUAGGAUUCCCCUCCUCAGUCCUUUUAAGUAGAUUUAAAAUGAAAUUGUCGACCACCAUCAAAUAUAUUAAACACUAUAAGGAUACUGUUGUAGCUCUUUGGAGCCAAACUAUUUUGAAAAAAAUAUAUAUAUGCUAAAUAAUUUUAUUCUUGCAUGUUGUCACAUUCACACAGCUGGCAUAACAUGUUACAUAUACCUCAGUGUAAUACUAUAUUGUUGAAGAAUGCCGUAAAUUCUUGCACAUUUGUAGCACAAACAUUCAAAACUACCUCUUCAAAAGAAACAACAACUAAACAACUCUUUUGUCAGUCUCACCUCUCCUUUGUAUCUACUACAUGCCACACCUCAACUGGCAUGUAAAUGGACAGAAAGCAGGUAGACUCAUCACUUCGAAUAAAAUGACUGUUUAAAAGAAAUGUUGAUGUGUGUUGAUCACGUAAAGCUUAAAAACGAUUUUCAGUGACUGUUUCAUUCUGAAUGACAUAGCUGUUCUAGAACAUAAUUCUGCUGUCAACAAGUAGUCAAGCCAAUAGCUCAAUUGUUUAAGAUAAUUUCCUUUAAAGACAUUUCUUGUAUAAAUCUUCACCAUUAAUAUCACCUUAGAUAUGAUAAAGCAUACAAGUUCCUUGAACACACCACACUGAUCUGUUUUUAUUUUCACUCAUGCACACAUGCAUGCCCCUAACAAAGCCCAGUUGAAUAUCCAAGGCAAAGAAAAUAAAACCAACAGCACCUUUAAAAAAAAAAAAAAAAUCCAUCAAUAAAACCGUCAUUUAAAAGGUGAAAAUCUAUGACUUUUCUUUAUUGCAAACCCAGAAUCAACUAUUACAACACUGAACUGGUAACUGCUUAAAUGUCAUACAACAGAACAUGUAUGGAAGUGCAGCAUAAUGACAGUUACUACACACUACGGGUUAUUACUCACAUGACAUUAACUAAACUUACAUCAAUGUGAGGAGUACUGUAUUAUCCACUCAAAUUAAUAAAGCUACUUUUCAUGUACUACAAUCAGAUCAGUCAUUUACCGAAGGCCAUUAAGUUCUUGGAUUCAUUUGAAGUAUGGGCUUACCCGAUUCCACCUCACGAUUUCUGUGUGCCAUUAAAUGAUGGUUGAGGUUUACCUUUUGUGUGAAGGUCUUUCCACAUUUACCACAGAUAAAUGGUCUCUCCCCAGUAUGGAUGCGUAGGUGACAUUUCAGAUUGCCUUUCUGGGUGAACCCUUUUCCACACAAGCUGCAGCUGUAGGGUUUCUCUCCUGUGUGGACCACAUAGUGUAUUCUCAGAGCCGAUGGAUUUGCAAAAGACUUCCCACACAGCUUACAUGACUUGGUGUCUCUCUGUGACCGAACAGGAGGUAUGCAGGUGUGCAUGUUUAACUUGCGCCUGUGUGGGAAAUGCUGCUUACAAAUGCUACAGAAGUUUGACUUGUGAAACUUCAUGUGGUGUGUCAGAGUGCCCUUGUGGUAAAAUGUUCUGCUACAUAUUUUGCAUGUGAAUAUGUCUUUGUUUAGAUCUCUGACAGUUUCUUCAUUGAGCAUAUUAAAGUUAUCAUGUGAAUAUUU